GUCGCUUAUUGUAUGUUAACAUCUUGACUUAAAUAUAUACAAAUAAUUUCUCUCGUUAAUGCUUAUAUACUUUAUAAUCCUCUCAAAGAUGCUUCAUUAUAUCUGCUUUCAUGCUAGUAGCCUAAAUACUAUAUAUAUUUAUAAGUAAUAACAAUUGUUCUUUGCAUCUUUUAAUAUGCUCUUGAUGAAUGCUGACUAUAUCUCUUUCUUUACAAUUUUAUUUCUAUUCAUUUAAAAAAAAGGAUGGCAAAAGCUUAUUUCGAUAUCAGCAUAGCAUUGAUGAGAUAUUAUGUAUUAUGGCUACUACUGCUAGACAUAUUGCUUGUAUAAAAGGCACUCUUACUUUAAUUAACAAGAAUUACGACAAAACAUCUUUUUACUCAUAUAACUAGAAUUAUAUGAAUUCUAACUAAUUCUUACUCUUCAGGUAUCUUGAAUCUCUCUGCUAUACGAUGGUAUUAUUACCAUUUUGAUUGACAUUUUUUUUUCAAAUUAUAAAAGCAGCG